UAAAAUUUGUGCGAUCCGACAAAGACGAUGUACCUAGAGAGUCCAAAAAAGGUAGGAAUCCUAUGACGUAAAGCCCAACCUCAUGUGUUACACAUUUUCUCAGAUCAAAUUCCAAGUCUCAUCUCAAGUUCUCAACAAUGGCCGAAGCAACAAAGAGGUAUGCAGUUGUUACAGGGGCAAAUAAGGGGAUUGGAUUUGAAACAGUGAGACAGUUGGCUUCAAACAGGUUCAUAGUGGUCCUGACAGCAAGAGAUGAGAAGAGGGGUCUUGAAGCUCUUGGGAAACUGAAAGACAGUGGUCUCUCUGAUCGUGUGGUUUUUCAUCAGCUUGACGUGUCUAACCCUGCUAGCAUUGCUUCUCUGGCAGAUUUCAUCAAAACCCAGUUUGGAAAACUUGAUGUCUUGGUGAACAACGCUGGGAUUGGUGGAGUCAAAGUAGAUGCUAAUGUUGAGGCAGGAGCUAAUCCGAGGAAACUGAUUCAAAAUUAUGAGUUAGCAGAAGAAUGCUUGCUAACAAACUACUAUGGUGCUAAAAGAAUGGCCGAAACACUCAUUCCUCUCCUCCAAUUGUCCAAUUCACCAAGGAUUGUUAAUGUCUCAUCCUCCAUGGGGAAGUUAGAGAACAUACCAAACGAAUGGGCUAAAAGAGUGCUAGGUGAUGCUGAAAACCUGACAGAAGAGAAAGUGGAUGAGGUAUUGAAGGAGUUUCUAAAAGAUUUUAAAGAAGGUUCUGUGGAAGCCAGACAGUGGCCUACUUUUCUUCCUGCCUAUAGGCUCUCGAAAGCAGCCAUGAAUGCCCACACAAGAAUUCUAGCCAAAAAGUACCCCAAUUUCUGCAUCAACAGUGUCUGCCCUGGCUUUGUCAAAACAGAUAUAAAUGGCAACGCUGGUGUCUUGCCUGUUGAAGAAGGUGCUGCGAGUCCUGUGAGGUUAGCCCUGCUGCCCGAUGGCAGUCCUUCUGGCCUCUUUUUUGUUCGCCAAGAGGUGUCUUCUCUCUGAUUGAAGACAAGCCACCAUACAGACGGACGAUAAAACUCAUAUAGCUUGUAACUUUUCUACGCACUUUCUCUUAUUUGCUUCUUUAUGUAAGAUCUCAUAUUAUAACAAUAAACGAGGGGAAUGCAGGGAUCGAAGUGAUGGGUGUUUCAUUUACUA